CGGCGGCGGCGGCCGAGCGGCGAGGACGGGACGUAGCCCGCCCGCCCACUCACUCGCUCUCCUCGUCGGAGCCCCUCGGCGGCGCCCGAGCCGGCGGCGGGGAGGAUGCCGUCGGUGAGCCUGCCGCCCAAGGAGAACGCGCUCUUCAAGCGCAUCCUGAGGUGUUAUGAACAUAAGCAGUAUAGAAAUGGGCUGAAGUUCUGUAAACAGAUCCUUUCCAAUCCCAAGUUUGCAGAACAUGGAGAAACCUUGGCAAUGAAAGGACUAACAUUGAACUGUCUAGGGAAGAAGGAGGAAGCUUAUGAACUUGUGCGCAGAGGCCUAAGGAAUGACCUGAAGAGUCAUGUCUGUUGGCAUGUCUAUGGCCUUCUUCAGAGGUCAGACAAGAAGUAUGAUGAAGCUAUCAAAUGCUAUAGAAAUGCACUGAAAUGGGACAAAGACAAUCUUCAAAUCUUGAGAGACCUUUCUCUGCUGCAGAUUCAAAUGAGGGAUCUUGAAGGUUACAGGGAAACAAGAUACCAGUUGCUUCAGCUCCGACCUGCACAGCGAGCAUCAUGGAUUGGUUAUGCCAUUGCUUACCAUCUCCUGGAAGACUAUGAAAUGGCAGCAAAAAUUUUAGAGGAAUUUAGGAAGACACAGCAGACAUCACCUGACAAAGUGGACUAUGAGUACAGUGAGCUGCUGCUCUACCAAAAUCAAGUCCUCCGGGAAGCAGGGCUGUAUAAAGAAGCCUUGGAGCAUCUUUGUACCUAUGAGAAGCAGAUCUGUGAUAAACUGGCUGUUGAAGAAACUAAAGGAGAACUCCUGCUUCAGCUUGGCAGACUUGAAGAAGCAGUUGAAGUCUACAAGGGACUGCAGGAAAGAAAUCCUGAAAACUGGGCUUACUACAAAGGCUUGGAAAAGGCACUUAAGCCAGCUAAUAUGAUGGAGAGACUAAAGAUCUAUGAAGAGGCCUGGACUAAAUACCCAAGGGGACUGGUUCCAAGAAGAUUACCAUUAAACUUUUUGUCUGGUGAAAAGUUUAAGGAAUGUCUGGACAAGUUUUUAAGGAUGAAUUUCAGCAAAGGUUGCCCACCAGUCUUCAAUACUUUGAGGUCAUUAUAUAAAGACAAGGAGAAGGUGGCAAUCAUAGAAGAGCUCGUGAUAGGUUAUGAAACCUCUCUAAGAAGCUGCAGGUUAUUUAACCCAAAUGAUGAUGGUAAAGAAGAACCUCCAACCACUUUACUUUGGGUCCAGUAUUAUUUGGCUCAACAUUAUGAUAAAAUUGGACUGCCAUCCCUGGCUCUAGAAUAUAUAAAUGCUGCUAUAGAAAGUACUCCCACUUUGAUAGAGCUCUUCCUUGUGAAGGCAAAAAUCUACAAGCAUGCUGGAAAUAUUAAAGAAGCUGCAAGGUGGAUGGAUGAGGCUCAGGCUUUGGACACAGCAGACAGAUUCAUCAACUCCAAAUGUGCAAAAUAUAUGUUAAAAGCAAACUCCAUUAAAGAAGCAGAAGAAAUGUGUACUAAGUUUACACGGGAAGGAACCUCUGCAGUAGAGAACCUUAACGAAAUGCAGUGCAUGUGGUUUCAGACAGAAUGUGCACAAGCCUACAAGGCAAUGAACAAAUUUGGAGAAGCACUUAAGAAAUGCCAUGAAAUUGAGAGACAUUUUGUAGAAAUCACAGAUGACCAGUUUGACUUCCAUACUUACUGUAUGAGGAAGAUCACCCUUAGGUCUUAUGUGGACUUGUUAAAAUUAGAAGAUGUGCUUCGACAACAUCCCUUCUACUUCAAAGCUGCACAGAUUGCCAUAGAGAUCUAUCUGAAACUUCAUGAUAAUCCCUUAACAGAUGAAAAUAAAGAACAUGAGGCUGAUACAGCAAACAUGUCUGACAAGGAGCUAAAGAAACUACGAAACAAGCAGAGAAGAGCCCAGAAGAAAGCACAACUGGAGGAGGAGAAGAAAAAUGCUGAGAAGGAGAAGCAGCAGAGGAAUCAGAAAAAGAAGAAAGAUGAUGAUGAUGAAGAGAUUGGAGGACCGAAAGAGGAACUUAUCCCUGAGAAACUGGCAAAGGUUGAAGCACCUUUGGAAGAAGCCAUUAAAUUUUUAAUACCCCUGAAGAAUUUAGUGAAGAACAAAAUAGAGACUCAUCUUUUUGCCUUUGAGAUUUAUUUUCGAAAAGAGAAGUUCCUUCUGAUGCUUCAGUCUGUGAAGAGAGCCUUUGCUAUUGAUUCUAGUCAUCCUUGGCUCCAUGAGUGUAUGAUUCAUCUCUUCAGCAGUGUAUCUGAAAGUAAGGAUCUGCCUGAUGCUGUUAGAACAGUGUUAAACCAAGAAAUGAAUCGGCUUUUUGGAGCAACUAAUCCAAAGAACUUCAAUGAAGCUUUCCUUAAAAGGAACUAUGACUCACUGCCACAUAGGUUAUCAGCUGCCAAAAUGAUGUACUAUUUAGAUCCUUCCAGUCAGAAGAGGGCAGUGGAACUGGCAAUGACCCUGGAUGAAUCUCUUAUUAACAGAAAUCUUCAGACUUGUAUGGAGGUAUUAGAAGCUUUAUGUGACGGUAGCCUUGGAGACUGUAAAGAAGCAUCUGAAACUUACAGAGCAAAUUGUCAUAAGCUUUUCCCUUAUGCUUUGGCUUUCAUGCCCCCUGGAUAUGAAGAGGAUAUGAAGAUCACAGUUAAUGGAGAUAGUUCUGCAGAACCUGAAGAACUGGCCAAUGAAAUAUGAACAACUUUAUUGGAAAAAAAUGACGUUGGACCAUAUCUGGUGUAUAAUAUUUUUGUCACGCACCUGCUGAAUUGUUCUAACUUACACAAAGAACAGAAGGAAAAAAAAAAACCCCGUUGCCUUCAAAUAGUUUUACUUUUUUUUUAUCCUGCUGACAAAGUAUAUAUAUAAAAUAUCUAACAUAUUACUGGUUAUAGGUUGUUUGGUUUCUUAAAAAUUAAAAGCUGCUAAAAUUGAAAAAAAAAAAAAAGGAAAAAAUAAACAACCCUUUUCCUCACCUACCCACCCAUGUUUUUAAACUAAUUUAUAUGAGACCUGGAGGUGCAUAGCCCUCAGAGCAGGUGUGUGGCAGAAAUAUUAACUUUAAAUUUGUCUUGUGAGAUUACUGUUAUCUCAGACAGCAAAACUGCUGUUUUAGCACUGGAUUCUUUCACUGAGCACAAAGAGUUGAUGGGGCUUUAGCAUCUGACUGAUUUUGAUACGGGGGAUGAUUGUGUCCAUAGGAAGUAUGCAAUGUGAAUCAGAAUAUACAGAGAAACCUGCAACAUACUUGUUAUGUUGGGGUGCUUGGACAUACUGAUAUCAACCAGAAUUAAGAAACAUAGUGUGUUCAAUAAGCUUGUUGUGUCUCUGAAAUUCACUGUACACGAUCAGUUUGGUGUUCUUGCACCACAGUUUUUACCUGAAGGAACCAGUUAAAAAUGGUCUCUCUUGGAAUUAAACCUGGGGUGGGGAGAGGAGAAUCAACAUUGCUGUUCUUGAGAUGAACCUAUCGGCGUAGGUUGGCCAAACUUUUUAAAACUGUAAUGCAAGAACCAAAUAAAAUUAUGCACUGUGACGUGGCACCAGUUAGAAAGAUCGCAUGCAUUUUUCAUGUAGAGUGAAAACAAAAUGAGAACAUACUAUGGCUUGAAGUUUCAAAGAGGAAAACUCCUGACUACCAUUUUGACUGAUCAAGAGACUAAUAGAUUAAAACCUCAGCAGGCCUUGUUCACGUUAUGCAGAAAAAAAAAAAAAAAAAGUGCUGCAGUUUAGAUACCUCUGGAACUUUUCCACAGUGUCACAGGUUUGUAAUACUUGAAGCCCUACAUUUCUAAGAAUAUAUUUCUUGCUCAGUUGUUUCAGGCAAGCCCAAGACUUUGUAACUUUUAAGGGGCCCAAGAUUUUUUUUUCAAUAACAGACCAGCUUCUUAUUCCUGCAGUUACAGAUGUAAUUUCCUUUGUCAAACAUAAGGUACCAAAUAUAAUGCAAUAAAACGUUUUGAAAAACAACUGUGUGAAUAUUUAAACCAAUCUAUGUUGUUGUACUUGGACAGUGAAUGGGUUUGCUGGAGUGCAGCUCAGGGCUGGCUUACUGUGCUGUCCAGUCAUGCUAACAAUGUCACUGCUGAUGGGUGGUCAUUGAGUACAAAGUGCAAAUGCAUUCUAUGUAAAUACUGAAUGUCUGGGAAGUCCUAUAACACGAUGCUUUGCUUUUAAGUUCCACCAGUGUUAGGAUGAAUUUUGUUUUCCAAGUCAAGCUUCAGUCUACAAGUCUACUGUGUUAAUAAUAUAGAUAAGUGCUCAAAAUGUUUUCUUUUGUAGGCUCAACAUAUAAAACAGAGCAGAAAUAAACUACAGCUUACAAAGUGAGUGCCUUCUUUGCUGCAGGAGUUCAGUUACAGAGUCUCUGUUGUGUGGAUACACAGCCUUCCUCUUCCACAUAAUGGAAUUCAGUGAUUGACAUGUACAGUUAAGAGAUCCCAGAAGACUUACUGGGGUUUGUAGUUUUAUAACUGUCACAACACCAGGCUUUUGUUCAUUGUGUCUUCAGCUCCACUUUGUUUUCAUGGUUAGCCUAUUGUGUGUACGUUUGCAGUAUAGUUCCCCUCAGAAGUGUGGGUUGCUGUAUUUGUAUAUUUAACCUGCUGGGCUUUUAGAGACUAGAAUACCUACAGAGCCUUCAGCUGACUCUGGCAUUGAUGUCUUGAUCUCAGUUGUUUCUGCAGCCUGAGAUACUUGGACUGCAUGUCUUCUGCAACUCCUGGAGAUGGUUCAGUCUUGCCUGCACAAGCUGUGAGCUUUUGGCCUUGCCUCUUCAGUAUUGCUCCCAUUUCCUGGCUGCUGAUGCUUAAGCUGGAGGCAGAUGAAUGUUCACUUGUAACAGAUUGGGAAUUGCAUCAAGCAAGUUUGGGGGUUUUUUUUCCAAAUAUGGGGGUUUUGGGUGCUGCCUAUAAAUGGGAUUAUUUCCUUUUUCACUGCCUGUUUUUGCAUUGAAAUGGAUGAACUAAAAGCUGGAAGUUACUUAUCUUUGUUUGUGCAAAUGGGGAAAAGGAUGCUUCAGUGGGCCUUCCACAAGUCUCCAUCUACACAUCUGUUUUGAUUUCCCUAAAGACACUUCAUAACCUUGCUGAAAGGCAUCCACACUGCUUCAGAGAUGGUGCUUUUGGAUUAAAGAGGUUACUCAUCCCCUUCCAGAAGACUGCAAGCCCAGGACAGGAAACUACACCAAGAGUUUACCUGAAGAUGGAGGUUCUUUAAUUGGCAAAGAAAUUGUUAUUCCUUCAUCUUCACAUCUGUCCUGUGAGAUGCAAGGCUGACUUUUGAGGAAGAGCUUUUUUAAGAGCUGGAAAUGAAGUUGAAAUCCAGUGCAAUGAGUCUUUUUUGGUAGCACAGAGUGCUGUGCUGCAGUGGAAGCUUUCCUUUGUGUGCUGAGAUCCAAAAUUGUAAUUACUGCUGCUUGGCUGCCACAGCAGGUGAGCAGGGAAUGCAGUUGUGGCCAGGGAAUUAGAGCACUGGCAUCACACAAUCUGGUUUGAUUCUUCAUGGUUUUCACUGGAGAAGGAUUUCACCAUCAGUGGAGCCACUGGUAAUGACACGUGAUACGGGUAUCUUUCCUGGGGGAAAAAAAAUUCAGACAAUAAAUUUUUCUUAGAUAAGAGAAGAUGAUGAACAUUGCAUGAAGUAAUGCCAGAGUUAGAUGUGGGCUUAAAUUGUAGGGAGCUGGGAGCUGUGGUUUUCCCUGUGAUGGUGGGUGAGGUACUCACUUCUUCCAUGUAGAGACCAAAGCAUGCAGGCACAUGUGUGAACAAGAAGGUAAAAUAGCCUCAAACUUACCUAUUCAGUAAUUAAUUUCUUUGCAUAUUAAAUGCCUUAAAAGCUAUAUUCAACUUUUUUUUUCAGUAGAGGUCUUAACAUUUGCAUGUUCAUAGCGGGGAGGCUUGCUGUGUCAGCCAGAAGAGGGAAGUUUGUCACCCAGGUGUUCCCCUAGCAUGGGGAGCAAAUUCCAGGUUUUCCAGGGAGCUCUCUAGGGCUAGAUGAGGUGUUUAUGAUCAGCCUGUUAAAUCUUCCUUUAGCAUUUGGAUUUGCCAGGUCUGGAGGUGCAGCCAUAACAGCAGAAUCUGGGAGUUGGUGUAGCAACUCACACAUUGAGUUGUGUUUUCCCCACGAGAGCAGGGGGAGAUCAGGCCUGGGGAGGCAGAGGUGCAAAUACAGUUUCAUUAUCAUGUGAGCGAGAUAAAAAAGAAAACUGAAGGUCUCUGUCUAAUGUGAUGCCUUUGGGGGUUGGAGCAAUGGUGCCAUCAUGCCUGCAGCAUUCACAUGUUGUUGCCACAGUUCUGUUUUGGGCAUGUACCCCUAAUGCCAAUAAAACUACUUGAUACCAUAAUCCAGCUCAAUAGACCCAGAUCAAAAUUUUAUUUUUCUCUUUUUGUGAUUGCUUUAACUGUUUUUCUAAAUGUUCUGUGCAGAGUACUUAGCUAACUUUGAAAUCUUUCCCCCUAAGGAAUUUUGCUUUACAAAUGCCAUUUUUACCUAAGUGUAAUGUAAAAUAGCUUGAACUAUGUGGAAUUCAGAGUUACACUCGUGUGAUAACACAGUGCUUUGGGGUCCUGUGAAGGAAAACAGUGCAAAUGUAGUGUAAUUAGACAGUUGUAUCAGUAAUUGAUUUGAGUUGUCUAUAAGCUCGUUAAUGAAAGGCCAAGUUUCAGGUGGAGGAAAGUGGGUGCUGAGCCUGGGGAAAGGCUCUUGCUUCCAGGAGCUUUCCAGUUAUCAGCUGUCCUGGGAUGGGAUGAGGUGAGCUGCAAAGGGCAAAUGCUUUUACAAAACCUCUGGCCAUGCCAUUGUGAUUAUACUUCCUGGAAAUUAAAGUUGCAAUCUACAAACACUAAUUUUAAUGGCUGUGUUGGGCAGGGACACUUUCCAGGAGCACACGGCCAGCAGUGGGAAUGGCAAGGAGCACCUGGUAGAGCAGCUCGUCAAAAGAAGACUGAAGUGAGUUAGAAGGAGGUGGCAUAAUAGAAAUUCCAUUUUUUAUUAAAUAUAAAAUAGCUUUCCUAUUACUAGGAAGAUGAGAGUGAAGCUGUAAAUACUAUAAAUGCAGUCUUCCCAUGCCAAGGAAGCUGUAAAUGUGUAUUACUUCUGGAGUGGUACAAGCAAAACCAGUAGUAUGUUGACAAAGACCCUAGCUUUGUAUGUUAGUCUUCAUGUGAAUUGUGGCAGAAAACUGGGAGGACAAAAAUUGUCCACUGUAUGAGAGACAAUAUCCAAGAGUUGGUAAUAUUGCAAGAGAAAUGUUGCUACAAAAUCCAAAGCAUCUUAGAAUAGCUUCCCUAAGAUGUUUGUUUUAAUUCAAAGUGUUAAACUUGCUAACUGUUCACAAAGAAAGACAAAGAAGUACUUUCACAAGAUAUUUCUGCCUGGCACUGCCCAUUCAAUAUCUACCUCUACUAGUCCUAGUCUAGUUUGGCUACUGCAUAAUUUUAGCCAUUUAGCAUACAACAUAUGAAAAAGUGUCAUUUACCUGGUCAGUGAAUGUAUGAUGAUGGAUAACAUUUAGUUUUAAACUGUAAUGCAAUAAAACCACAAAGUUAGUGAUUAAAUCCUGUUGUUGGUUCAGUGCAGCAGCAUAUUUAUUGCUUCAUUGCUGAUCCGUUCAAAAAAAAAUCUGAAUUAUGGACUCCACCAAGUUACUUGCAAUUGUACUGGGAUUUGCUUUCCCUUCCAGCCUUCCUAACUGGUUAACAAUGUUGUACUGUGUUUUUACGCUCUUCUCUGGUGGUAGUAAAUAUCAAAACUAGCAGGAAGUCAAUCAAAGAAUAAAAAUGCUGAGUUCUGUUUGUAA